AUGUCCUCAUACGCCCUCCCCACCACAUCAGCCACAAAUGGCGUUCCGCGACGAGACAGCCAAUCUUCAAUUGGCUCCAAUGAAUCCCACUCUCAGUCCCAUACCCACCGACAGACUAAUUCUACCGAAAGUCUCGCCCCAAUUAUCACGAACUUCCGGUUUCCUGCCGUCUCUGAAGGUGUCGCUCACGAUCAUACCGAUGAAGACCACGUCCAUGAACAUCCGGCGUCGCUACGCAGGCAUUCUCGAAGAUUUAGUAAUAAUUCGUUGAGUAGGAGUUUUGUUUACUCGCCGGGCGGCGUUUCGGCUUCUGCUGCUGCUAGUACUACGACGGUCAAUGGAACUGGUGAUGCACCGAGGCCGGAUUCUAGAGGUAGUCAGGGGUUGAUAUCGCUGGUUUAUGGGCAUAGUCACAGUCACAGCCAUAGCCAUAGUCAUGGGCAUAGCCAUACUCAUAGUCACGGACAUAGUCACUCACAUUCCCACUCGCAUUCGCAUUCACACUCACACUCUCCUUCACCGUCUUGCGGAGGCCACGCUCACUCGCCUUCUGUCGGACACUCGCAUUCGCCGUCGUGUGGCGGUGGACAUGGGCAUGGGCAUGGACAUGACCACUCCCCAUCGAUUAACCAUACGCACUCGCCGUCAGGACAUUCCCACUCUCAUUCUCAUCUACACGACCAUGAUCACGAUCACGACCACAGCCACGAACAUACGCAUGCACCUCUGCAAAAACUCCUCCUACCCCCCUUCCUCGUCACACUCACCCUUCUAUCCGCUUCAUUGGCAUUCUCUUCGGCUUCCACCUUUCUGUCGCAUCCACACCAACAUGCUUUAUCUGAACCCGAGCCCUUAGAGGCCGAGACGCAUUCGUUGAAAAAGGAUGCUCUGAUCAUCGACCACCCAGAGACGACCUCCCGUUUCCUUGCAGCAUGCGCCCUAUCUUCCGGUUCCCUUCUCGUAUCCAUACUCAUCGGAAUCGUCACAGGCGGUGGGGACAAGAAGCCCGCUGAGGAUACUAAGAAUAGUCUCAGCAAAGGCAAGGCCGAGAUAGCACCACCUUUCUUCAGUCGACAAUCGCAGAAUCUUGCUCUCCGACGGGCCCUUGGUGUCAUGCUCCCCUUCCUAGCUGCCUUUGAACUUGGCGGUUCGCGCGCCGCCGCUCUACUGCUUGCCGCUUGCGCAUCAGGUUUAUCCAGUGGAUUUGGAGCAAAGCUACCUUCCUUCACUUUUGACGAAAUUAAGGAUUUGUUGACAAAAAAAUGGGUCUUCCUCACCACUUUCACUUCUAUCGCCUUCCUCGACCUUUUCGCAAUUGGCGAUGUAGCGGAUAUGAAGUCCACGUUUAUUGGAUACGUCGCCCUUUCUUUCAGUUUAUUCGCCUUCCCACCACCUAUCCCAUCCAAGAACACCGCCUCAAUCACCAAACGAUCUGAAUUGUCGACUACCGUAAUCGCUGCGAUCAUGCUAUGCGUCCCCGUUCUCGCCCUUCCGUUCCUGUUCAGUACCUAUACACUAGGUUUCACCAGCCCAGGAUGGUAUCUUAUUGCAAUUAUCGCCGCCGGUGUCGCCUAUACGGGUCUUGGAAGCGAUAUGGGUAUCCAACCUACAGCAGCGAUCUAUGGGAUUGUAGCAGCCUUCCUCGGUGGUUGGAUCGAAGAAGAAUGGUUGAUUCGUCGGGGCUUUCUCGAAGCUGCUAUCGUAGCUUCAAUUGCCGGGGUACUCUACGUAAACUCCCAAAAACAUUCGCAUUCGCAUAAAGGGAAAAAACCCGGGAGGAUUACCGAACGGCUCUUGUCCGCGAGUAGGAACUGGCCUAUUGUCAAUGCCAUAUUAUCGGAUCCGGACUCUAGGAAGAUCUUUUACUUUAUGCUGCUAAACUUCUGCUUCAUGCUUGUGCAAACACUUUACGGCUUUCUUACUGGUUCUCUCGGUCUUCUAUCGGAUAGUAUUCACAUGCUUCUCGAUUGUUUAGCGUUAGCCGUCGGUCUCGCAGCUGCUGUGAUGUCUAAAUGGCCACCAUCAACUACGUUUCCUUAUGGCCUCGGGAAGAUUGAGACAUUGGCAGGGUUUGCGAACGGUAUAUUGUUAUUUUUGAUCAGUCUUGAAAUCAUAUUCGAAGCUUUCCAGCGACUUUGGGGUAGUGAUGGAGAACUUGAAAGAUUGGAUGAGUUGUUGGUUGUUAGUGCUGCGGGAUUGGUCGUCAAUCUUGUGGGUAUCAUGGCAUUCGAUCACGGACAUGCGCAUCAUGGACAUUCUCACGGACAUUCGCAUGAUCAUCACAACGAAAACCUUCAAGGCAUCUUCCUUCAUAUUCUUGCCGACGCUUUGGGGUCUCUGUCUGUUACUGUCUCGACGUUAUUAGUCAAAUACACGGGAUAUACAUUCUUUGACCCCAUCGCAUCAGUAUUGAUCGCAGUGUUGAUUGGUGCAACUGCUUUCCCCUUGGUGUUUAGUAGUGCGCAGAGGUUAUUACUCGCGGUACCUGAAGAUGUGGAGUUUGAGUUGAGGGAUAAGUUGAGUGGAUUAAGUGGGUUCGGAGGGGUGGUUGGGUAUAAAGGGAAGUUUUGGUUAGGAGAUUCACCAGCUGAAGAGGAGAAGGGGAAACAUGAUCACGACCACCACCAUGAACACGAUCACGACCAUGAUCACCACGGACAUGGACAUGGACACGAUCAUGACCAUUCUCAUAGCCACGAUCAUUCUCACGGACACGAUCACGGCCAUGGUUGCGACUCGAGUAAUAUCCUAGGAGUAAUCCACAUCGCCGUUGAUAAAGGAACCGAUGAAAAUACUAUUCGAGAAAAAGUAAAACAACAUUUGGGGAAAAGAAUGGGGAAGGUAUUGGUGCAAGUUGAGAAGGUUAUCGAGGGAGGGAUUAGUGGAUGUUGGUGUGGGAUCAGUCAGAGUAAUAAUAUGGGACUUGCGACACCUAGGCAUGGAAGUUUUAGUGUUAAUGGGGGGUAUUUACUUGGUGGUGGUGGUGGUAGUGGUGGGGGUAGCGUUGGAAGUGGAGGUGGUGGGGAGAGGAAGGAUGAGUAG